AUGGUCGCUCAUGGCGUUGCUCUUGAUAACAAGAAAGCAUUCGAUCAGCUGUGGCACGCUGCCCUUAUAUGCAAACUGCGAUCAUAUGGCCUCCCAGAGAAGCUUUGCAGAAGGGUGGCUGACUUUCUCUUUGCCUGCAAGAUAUACUUCGAAAUUGACGGGUUCUCCUCUUCAUCCCACAACGUCAACGCGGGUGUUCCCCAGGGAUCGGUCUUGGUUAUUCAAGAGCACUACAAAAAUGGUGCAAAAAUAAAAAACAUGUUUCGCGCGCUUCGUGAACAUUUCGGUCGCAACAACCGCCCAAACGAAACAACCAUCGGUCGUCUGGUGCGUAAAUUCGAGGCAACAGGUUCUGUGGCAAAUCUGCCAGGCUCUGGCCGGCCAAGGAGCGUUCGCACACCGGAAAAUAUUGAUGUUGUGAAGGAGAGUGUGAGAGACGAUCCGAAACAAUCAACAACGCGUCGAUCCCAAGAAUGGGGCAUUUCGAGAACCAGUUUGCUCCGCAUUCUCCACAAGGAUUUGAAUGUACACGCCUACAAGAUCCAAUUGACGCAAGAGCCGCAUUGGCUCCUUGAACACCGCCAAAUUGAUGCCAAUUUUUCAUCAAAAAUCAUGUUCAGCGACGAAGCGCAUUUCACUUUGAAUGGGACGGUAAACAAGCAAAACUGCCGCAUCUGGGCGAACGAAAAUCCCCGUGAGUAUCAAGAGCAGCCGAUGCAUCCUCAAAAAGUGACUGACUAUUUUUUGCCGCAACUUGAAGGAAUGGAUAUGGACGAUGUUUAUUUCCAACAAGACGGUGCAACAUGCCACACAACCAACGUCAAUAUCCAUCGAUUGCAGUCCUUCUUCGGUGAUCGCGUGAUUUCGCGCAGAGGAAAUGUGCCAUGGCCACCAAGAUCGUGCGAUUUGACUCCCUUGGACUUCUUUUUAUGGGGAUAUUUGAAAAGCAAAGUCUACGUCAACAAACCAGCCACCCUCCAAGAACUCAAAAACAACAUCAUUGCCAAGAUAAAUGCCAUAGAACCGACCAUGUUGCAAAAUGUCGUUGAAAAUUUCGACCAUCGCGAAUUGAAAGACCUUUAA